UAAAAGUUGGCGGCUAAUUUGUCAGUUGUGCUGUAUAUUAGUUGAUAAUGAUUGGCGUAAGCAAUAUCACCAACAGGACAGAUCCAAACAGUCUCAAGUCCCGUGUUUUUGUUGGGAAUCUUAACACAGUGCACAUGUCAAAGACAGAACUCGAGUCAAUCUUCUCAAAAUAUGGAGCAGUCGUGGGAAUAUCGGUGCACAAAGGAUACGCGUUCAUUCAAUAUGCAAAUGAGACUAAUGCGCGAGCCGCAGUUAUUGGAGAAGAUUCAAAAACGUAUUAUAACAUGGUUUUAGAUGUCACUAUAGCAUCCGAACCGAAAAAUCGCAAGCGGGGGAGAUCAAAUAUUACCUCGUCACUUCCUGCCUGGAACCCCUUGACAAGUACUAACCUUUCAGAACUUGCCUUACAAGCUCAAGCCCUAAGUAGUUUAACUGGAAAUUCGGUCCUAUCACUGCAGCAGUUUGGUCUGGAAGGCAUUAUGGGCCAGCCUAACCUCGUUAAUUUUGCUGCUGCGGCAAAUUCAGUUUUCCAUACUCCCUCAUUGUCCGCAUUAAACGUUUCUACUGCCCAAACAUCAGUCACGACGGGUAAUAUACGAAAUAAGUAUACUAGAUCAUCAAACUCAACAACAACUACGUCCUCAACAACUCCCAACUCUCUUGCUGCCAAACGUACUCGUCUGGAUGGAAUGCUAGGUAACACUGGUAAUCAUAAUUCUUUGCCUGCCGGCGCUAGAGGACAGAAUUUAGUCUCACUUGUUUCUGCAACAGAUAGUCUUAUACCUCCAGCGAAUCGCCGUCAAACACCAAACGCUGGUCCUGUUCGUUCUAUGCCUGAACAAUCAACCAAUAACUCUUUAGUACGUAAUCGAAUUGUCACAUCCACUUCCUCUCGCACCACAAAUACAUCCACGACCAAUUCAAGUCAAAAUUCACAACAAGCAGAAAAAAAUUCUGACGGACAUCUAAAUCGCUCACAAAAUCUAGGUCAUUCCUUUGAAUCUGACCGUCUCCCUGUUCAGCAGCCAAAUCGUCCAGCCUUGUCAACAAAAAGUAACAGUCCUCGUUCAAGUGUUCAUUCACAUUCAGAGGAUAUUCUAAUAUGUGGACGUUGUCGUCGUUUAUUUGAACAAGUUGAUGAACUUAUUUCACAUAAAAUGGCUGGUUGCAGUUUAGACAAAGAUAAUGGAACUGGUUGUCGUUGUCGAGCUGUUGGUGAGCCAGAAAAUUUAGAUUGUGCAUAUUGUGGUGCGAGCUUUUCGACUGCUUGGGGAUUGAUGCAUCAUUGCCACAGUGAUCAUUUCCUGACUAUAUAUGCUCUUCCGUCGCCUCCCCCAUCUCCUUCUGCGUCGUCCAAUUCUCCUACUUCUGAACGUUCGUCAGUAGUUUCUCGCCGAUCUGCUGAUAACGGUGAUAGUUUGUCUGAAAAAUCUAUGGGUUCAAAUUCUCAUUCAGAUAAAUCAAAUCAUACAGGUAAGCAAGCGACAUCACUUGUGAAGCAAAAUGUAAAACGUGAACAUCCUACCUUCGAAAACCGCCAUUCUUCCAGUUCACGUAGUGUUGAAGAAAAUUGUGGAAACAGCGACUGGGAUGCAGAGGAGGAUAACGAGAAUAAUGAUCAUAGUGGAGGUGGUACUCCGACAAUGGAAUCAGUACAUAAUGGAAAAUUUAGCCCAUCGGACAUGCCAAGAGAUCAUUCAUGUGAUCAGUCAGAUACCAGAUCUACAUCUGGUGCUUCAGAUUCCGAAAUAUCAAGUGAAAUUCGUAACAAGCGGUUGCUCAAAUCACGGUCUCCACCCUGUCCUCGAAGAAGUCGAGGUAGUGAAUAUGGUCGUCAUGAGACUGUAGAUGACGAUGAUUAUGCUGAUGACGAUUCAGAAUCUGGUAAUAUAAAAAUUGAAUAAUUACUCAGACCUCAUGCCAUCUUCCAUCACAAAAAAAAAAAAACAAGAACAAGCAUAUAUUUGAAAUUUGGUUCUACAACACUUAUUCAAUUUUCAUCCAAUUCAUUCAUUAAGUCAUUUUACUCGUAAUCUAUGUAUGUGUAUGUGUGUGCGUACACGCUGCGUUAUUAUCUCUUCACCGAUACUAGCCUAGUGGCGAAUGUGUGAAUCCCGUCGUCAGUUGUGGUGUGAAUAUUGUUUCUUUAUGCAUCCAUGUGUCUGUCUAUCUGUCUGUCUCUCUCUCUCUCUGCCUACUGCCUAUUCACUGUUUAUCAUUUCUUCUGUAAACUUAACAUUUCCUUACUGAGAAUAGUAAAUUGUGAUCAAGAAAGGAAAGAUUAAUAAAAUAUUCGCAAAUGUAGUUGGUCGUCUAUUAUUGACAAUUUUUUUUUUUCAAAUUGUUUUAUUUUCUUUGCUUUAUAAAAUUAUGUUUUGCUGUCAUAUAUACUCUGUGUACUGUUAUUGCUAUAAUAAUAAUUAUUAUUAUUAGUGUAACACUUUCAUGUCACACAAUCAAACUGUUAUGAAUAAAAUCUCUAUGAUAAUAACUUAUUUGCACUAUAUGAUGCACGCUGUGUUUCUUCUGUCCCUUAUAUAUAUAAUAUAUAUAUACAUGUAUGUGGUUAUCCUUUUUCACUGUUUCAUCAUCAUCGAUCAUCUUUUAAUGUUACAAUAGACGGUU